GCAACAGCCCACGCACGCCCCUCCCGCUCCUGGGAUUCCUUCACCCAGCACUUGAAGGACGUGGCUCUGAAGGGGAAGGAAACGAAUCUGGACGGCUCCUUCUCCCUGCAGGAGCUCCUGGGCUCGAUGGACCUAGCCCGCUAUUACCGCUACCCUGGCUCCCUCACCACCCCCAACUGUGACGAAGUCGUGGUCUGGACUGUCUUCCCCGACCCCAUCCUGGUGCCUCUUGAUGUGGUGGAUGCGUUCCCCUCCAUCCUCAACUCCACAAACUCAGAUGCUGGGCCCCGGUUGCAGAACAACUACCGGCCUUUGCAGAGCCUUGGGGAUCGCCAAGUGCAGGCCUCGGCAGCCCUC